AUGGCAUGGUUUGACUUUGAUGUCGUUCGUCCAAAGGUACCCCAUCAGGAGGAGGGACUGCUCUUGCUGGCAGUCUUGACAUCUUGGCUGACCUCUCGAUUCUCCCAACCUGACCUCACAAAGAGGCAGCUCUCUACCAUCCUCACAAGCGUUGAGCAGGCAGACAGGCGCUACAAUGCUCUGGUCAAGGCCCUGGACUCGGCCCAAGGUCAAGUGCACACCACAGAGGACAGGCUGGAGUCAACACAGAAAAAACUGGAUGCUCUGGAGCAGAGCUUCCAGGGUGGCAGCGACAAGGACACCAAGCUGUCAGGGAAGGUGGAACCAUCACUCAUCGUGAACAUGGCCGAGCAGCGCAUGGAGAAACUCUUGGCUCGCUUCGCUGCAGACAAGACGUACCUGUUGACGCCAGGCGGGCCGAUUCCCGGGGAGUGCUUGGCGCUAAAUGGCAGCAAGGGCUACGUGGACAUCAAGCUCAGGGAGACCAUCGUGCCGACAGCGCUCACCUAUGAGCAUGUGCCAACAUCCAUUGCCUAUGACAUCCGCAGCGCUCCGCAGGACAUGUCUGCGACGGGAAGUCUCUCAGAGGCAUUCCGCUUCUCUCCAAAGGGCAAGGGCCCGGUGCUGAGCCUGCUGGAGAGGCGCAGGGGCGUGGGCCCAACCGACCUGGGGGAAUUUGUGUAUGAUCCCUCUCAAGGGGCGCUGAAUACCGUCGCCCUGGAUGGCACAAUCCCUGCCGACCAGAUCCGCCUGAAGGUGGAGUCCAAUUAUGGGCACCCAGACUACACCUGUCUGUAUCGCGUGCGCAUCCAUGGCAGAGUUCCCAAGGAGGGCGAGUGA